AUGUUUGAGAACUCGCCUAUUGCACACGUCGAAAAGGUUAUUACCCCUUACCUGCUUCUGAUUGGAGAGAAGGAUCUGCGUGUCGCACCUCACUAUCGAGCUUUCAUACGGAACUUGUUGGCUCGAGGCGUUCCAUGCAAAAUCCUGACCUAUCCGGAAUCAGCUCAUCCGAUUGAGGAAGUGGAUGCCUAUGCGGACUCUACGAUCAACAUCAUUAGAUGGUUCCAGAAGUCUCUGAAAUAA